AUGGGCUACACCGAGAAAGACUGGCUUGCCAUCAACACCAUCCGUGUCCUUGCGGCCGAUGCCACCGCCAAGGCCAACUCGGGCCACCCUGGCGCGCCCAUGGGUAUGGCGCCGGUUGCCCACGUCCUCUUCAACAAGUUCAUGAAGUUCAACCCCAAGAACCCCAAAUGGUUGAACCGCGACCGCUUCGUCCUAUCAAACGGCCACGGUUGUAUGCUCCAGUAUGCGCUCCUCCACCUCUUCGGAUAUGCCGUCACCAUGGACGACCUGAAGACCUUCCGAACGGUCGACAGCAUCUGUGCCGGUCACCCCGAGUCCCACGACACCCCUGGUGUCGAGGUCACCACCGGUCCCCUGGGACAGGGUAUCUCCAACGCCGUUGGUCUUGCCAUUGCCCAGGCUCACACCGCUGCCACCUUCAACAAGGAUGGCUUCCCUCUAGUCGACAACUACACAUACUCUUUCCUCGGCGAUGGUUGCCUGAUGGAGGGUGUUUCGGGCGAGGCCUCCUCUCUGGCAGGUCACCUGCAGCUAGGUAACCUGAUUGCCAUCUACGACGACAACCACAUCUCCAUCGACGGUGACACCAACUGCGCCUUCACCGAAGAUGUUGUCAAGCGAUACGAGGCCUACGGCUGGCACGUCGUCAUCGUCGACGAUGGUGACCAUGACCUCGAGGGUAUGGAGAAGGCUAUCAAGGAGUGCCAGGCCGUCAAGGACAAGCCCUCCAUGAUCAAGCUGAGGACCACCAUUGGCUUCGGUUCCCUGCAGCAGGGAACCCACAGCGUGCACGGCUCGGCUCUCAAGGCUGACGACAUCAAGCAGCUGAAGAAGAAGUUUGGCUUCAACCCCGAAGAGAGCUUUGUCGUUCCCCAGGAAGUCUACGACCAGUACCACAAGCACGCUGCCGAGGGUGCGGCAGCUGAGGAGGAGUGGAACAAGCUUUUCUCAAACUACGCCAACAAGUACAAGUCCGAACACGCCGAUCUAUCUCGCCGACUAACGGGCGAUCUCCCUGAGGGAUGGGAGAAGAGCCUCCCCGUUUACACCCCUAAGGACGAUGCCAUCGCCUCGCGGAAACUGUCCGAGACUGUUCUUACCAAGAUCGAGGGUGUUCUCCCCGAACUGAUCGGUGGUUCCGCUGACUUGACUGGGUCUAACCUAACCCGGUGGAAGGGCGCUGUUGAUUUCCAGCCCCCGUCCACGGGCCUUGGUGACUACUCUGGCCGAUACCUACGAUAUGGUGUGCGCGAGCACGGUAUGGGCGCCAUCAUGAACGGCAUUGCCGCUUACGGUACUCUCAUUCCCUUCGGAGGUACAUUCCUGAACUUCGUCUCGUACGCUGCUGGUGCCAUCCGCCUGUCGUCGCUCUCCCAACAGCGACUUAUCUGGGUGGCCACCCACGACUCGAUCGGUCUCGGCGAGGACGGCCCUACUCACCAGCCUAUCGAGACCUUGACGCACUUCCGUGCCCUGCCGAACUGCAUGGUCUGGCGGCCAGCUGAUGGCAACGAGACGAGCGCCGCAUACUACGUUGCCCUGACUUCCAAGCACACCCCAUCCAUUAUUGCCCUCUCGCGACAGAACCUGCCCCAAUUGGAGGGCUCGACUAUCGAGAAGGCCAUCAAGGGUGGCUACGUCACACACGAGGCCGAGGGUGCCGACAUCACCCUCGUCUCGACCGGUUCCGAAGUCUGCAUCGCUAUUGACACCGUCAAGUACCUGGCUGACAACCACGGCCUCAAGGCCCGUGUUGUCUCUAUCCCUUGCUUUGAGGUCUUUGACGCGCAGUCCAAGGAGUACAGACUCAGCGUCCUGCCCGACGGUAUUCCCUCUCUGUCGAUCGAAGUCAUGAGCACGAUGGGUUGGGAGAGAUACACUCACGAGCAAUUCGGUCUAAACCGGUUCGGUGCUUCUGGCGCCUACAAGGACGUCUACAAGAAGUUCGAGUUCACCCCUGAGGGUGUGGCCAAGCGAGCCGUAGCUACUGUCGACUUCUGGAAGAGCGUCCCCAACGUUCGCUCGCCAAUCAACCGUGCGUUCCAGCAGCUUAUCUAG